AUGCCCUUGAUUCUUCACAAUGUUCCCGACGAGGAGCGCUACGUCGGCGACGACGGCCUCACGCGCCCCUAUGCCAUGCUCUUUGCCCAAAACGAAGGAGGUCCCGCGACAAACACUCGCGCGCGACGAACCGUGGCGGAAACCGGCUCAUUUGGCAAGUCGACGCGGCGUUCACGAUCGCGCACAGGCACGCCAGCGAGGGGCACCAAGGAGAAUCCGACGCUCGCCGCAGCCGACAAGGUCUUUGGCGAGUGGCUGUCGCAACAGAAAAACGAAAACAGCAGUAGCGGCGUCUCGACGACCAGAAAGCCCGCCGGCGUGAGCCAGGAGGACCCCGCGGCGCCGAAGCGCACGAUACAAUCGACGCCCGUCGAGCUCGUCCUCCGCGGCUAUCGCUCCUCGUCGCAGCAGUACGCCGCCAUCAGCCACUUUGAGGACCUCGCCGGCCUCGUGCUCGAGGAUUACCCACGCGACCCGCCCACGACGCAGCGGCGCUACAAGUCGGACCUGCGCGACCCGGCCUACACGCGCCGCCGGCACCUGACGCCCGACGAACGCGCCCUUGUCAACCGCGCCGACGGCGGCGAGCACUGGGUCAAGGUGACGUUUGAGAGCGCCGAGGCCGCCAACGCCGCCAUGUACGCCAGCCCCCAGCGCAUCCUCGGCCACCUCGUCUACGCGGAACCCUACCGCGGCGUGCCGCUCGCUAGAGACGAAGCCUGCCCCGACACCGGCGACCUCUUCGCCGACGGCGUCGCGCCAGGCGUCGCUGGCCUGCCCAGAUCCCAGAGCGUCCCUGCCAAUGUCGGCGAGGCUGGCCCUCGACGCACGGGAGGCGGCCUGCCCCAGUCGUUUAGCAGCCGACUGCUCGACCUCACCACCGCCCCCGAAUCGCGCCGAACCAGCGACACGCUCGACACGGCCACGCUCUCGCCGUCCAGGGGCUCAACUGUCACUGCCACUGACCCGUUCAGCGCCAGCACCAGCUUUCCGGGCGCCGCCUCGACGACCGCUGCCGAGCCCAUCGAAAUCCCCCCCGAGGACAGCAUCUUCUGCCGCCGGAUACCGACCGCACGUCGCGCCCGCCUGCUGCCGGCCGAGCAGGCGCUGCUGCCCCAGCAGUCCGUCAUGCAGCGCUUCGUCGGCGCCGUGCCGUUUAUCAACUGGUUCGGCGGCAGCAUGAUUGGCAACGAGGUACCGCGCACGGAGACGGGCGAGUUUGACUGGAACCGCGCGAGCCUGUACUGGAAGCUGAUCUGGUGGCUGGACGCCACUUUUGGUCUGUUCAGGGGCGACGUUUACAGCAUUGAUAAGGACGAGUAA